UCAGUGAUAAUCUAGUACAAAGUACAACCCAUAUCUGAAAAAGAAUUCCCUCUAUAAAAUAUCCAAUAAGCAGUCAUGCAGCCUUUGCCUGUAAGUCACCAAUAAAGGAGAACCUGCUACCUUUUGAGGGGCCCGAUUCAAGCUGUCUUCUAUGAUGACUGCAGAACCACCCAGUGAGCCUGUAUCUUUAGACCACCCUGGUCCAACCCAAGGGCCUUCCGCCUCUCUUUCUGGAGUCCCUUAAAUGUGCAAAAGAAGUAUUCUCCGUGACAAAUUCAAGGAAAUCCCCAAAAUCAAAUUUCUCUGGAUCCACUUGGGAGGCUGAAGAACCAAUGUUCUUAUGAUGUUCAUUGUCACUGCUUGAUCCUGUGGUCCUGUAGGAUUCUAUAUAAGCUGCAUGAAUGGAUUGACGUUUGUGGAGCUCAGUUCCUGCAUCAAAGACUUAUUAACAAACACAGAUUUGGAUGGAAUAUUAAAAGAGUGUGAAUGGUGGAAUCAUCAGAGCUGCUGCCCAACAAACAACACAAUGGAGACGGUGUUAGACCCUUCCAGAGAUGACCUGCCUCUCAUGGCCAACACUAACCACAUACUGGUAAAGCAUUAUGAAUUGGAUUUGGAUGUGGAUUUUGAAAGCCAUAUCAUUGAAGGUGCCAUCAUCAUCUUCCUUGAGCCUGGAAGUGGAUGCAAGAAACUGAGUGGUGUUGAUGGGGAAUCUGGCCAGUCAGAGUCAAGUGAAUCUGGCAAAGUUGAGACAUCUGAACCUUGCCACAUUCCUGUGACAAAUCUAGGUGCUUUCUCAUGCAAAAUGAGAUCUAAAGAUUUUGCUGACUGUGGUAAAAAUGAAAAAGAUACUUCUGAUAGAAGCGGUAACCAUAGCAGCAGAGAACAAACUUAUGGGAUUUCUAGUUCAAAGAACUGUUGUGACCCAGGGAAUCAUGGAAGUGAGGAUUUUUUACUUAUACUGGACUGCUGUGAUUUAUCUGUGUUAAAGGUCGAGGAGGUAGAUGCCGCUGCGGUGCCAGGUAUUGAAAGAUUUACACGGUCUGCCAAGCUCAGUAAUGAUUGUAAGAAGAUCAGAAAUCAAAUUGUGCGUGAACUUGUGACUCUACCUGCAGAUCAUUGGAGGGAACAGUUAUAUUAUUAUGCUUGCUGCAGCCAAGCUCCUGGCUGUGGAGAACUCCUGUUCACCUCUAGCCCCUGGAGCUUACAAAUCAGGAAAAUGGGGGUUAAGACAGCCACUGACUUUCCUCACAUCAUAAGAAUAUGGUACAAAACAAAGCCAGAAGGGAGAUCAGUUACAUGGACUGCAGACCAGAAUGGCAGGCCAUGUGUUUAUACUAUGGGAUCCCCAAUAAACAACAGGGCCCUUUUUCCAUGCCAGGAGCCACCAGUUGCCAUGUCAACAUGGCAGGCUACAGUCCGAGCAGCUGCGUCUUUUGUUGUUUUAAUGAGUGGGGAAAAUUCUGCCAAACCAACACAGCUUCAGGAAGGGCGCUUGAGCUGGAAUUACUAUGUAACCAUGCCAAUGCCAGCAUCUACCUUCGCAAUUGCAGUUGGGUCCUGGAGAGAGGUGAAGCUGGAACCCUGUUCAUCAAAUGAACUGUCAACUGUGACAUCUUUUCCAUCUUCCAGGGCAGACUCUAGGUAUGCCAGUUGGGUGUGUGGUCAUAUGGAGUACCCCUGCCAUUUCCAGAAUCCUGAUGCUGCUUCUCAAGCAAUUAUUCCUUAUCGGGUGUUUGCGCCAGAGUGUCUCCAACAUUGCUGUGAAGAGAACCUGCUUCAGCUGAUUCCUCAGUGCCUCUCAGCAGCACAUUCAACCCUGGGAACUCAUCCUUUCUCCAGGCUUGAUGUGCUAAUUGUCCCUGCCAAUUUUGCAAGUCUGGGGAUGGCCAGCCCACACAUCAUCUUCCUGUCGCAGAGUGUCUUACCUGGAGGGAGCCAUCUCUGUGGAACACGCCUUUGCCACGAAAUUGCUCAUGCCUGGUUUGGUUUAGCCAUCGGAGCUCAAGAUUGGACUGAAGAAUGGUUAAGUGAAGGGUUUGCCACUCAUCUAGAAGAUGUAUUUUGGACCGAAGCCCAAAAGCUAUCACGUGAUGAAGCUAAGGAGCAACAAGAGUUGAAGGCUUUGCUCCGCUGGCGCAGACUUCGAGAUGAGGUGCAGAACUCCACAGAAGAGAUGCAGGUGUUAAGACCCAAUAGAGAAGAAACAGGACAAGUGAGUGAGUCUGGAGCUUCAGUUGUCAAAUACGGUCUUAAUCCAGAAAAGAUCUUCAUGCAAGUCCAUUAUUUGAAGGGCUAUUUUCUUCUGCGGUUUCUAGCCAGUAGGCUUGGAGAAGAAACGUAUUUCUCAUUUUUAAGAAAAUUUGUACGCAAAUUCCAUGGACAAUUGAUUCUUUCUCAGGAUUUUCUUCAUAUGCUGCUGGAAGAUAUUUCAGAAGAAAAACGGCUUGGCCUGUCUGUAGAAGAUAUCUUUCAGAACUGGCUUGAUACUUCUGGAAUACCAAAGCCAUUGCAAGGAGAAACUCAGACUUGGGCGGAGAGUCGGCUUGUUCAGCAAGUAAAUGAUGAGGUCACAAAAUGGAUCCGGGUAAAUCUGAGAGCCAGGAAAAGAAGAAGGAGGGAGACUGAAGAAGUUUUUGAAAAGCUUCUUCCAGACCAGCUGGUCUUACUUCUGGAGUCUCUACUAGAGGAGAAGACAUUAUGUCCCAGAAUUCUUCGGAGCCUAGAGAAAACGUACCACCUCCGGGAGCAGGAUGCAGAGGUUCGACAUCGUUGGUGUGAACUUGUCAUUAAACACAAAUACACUAAAGCGUAUGAAGAUGUUGAAAGAUUUCUUCUGGAGGAUCAGGCUAUGGGUGUGUAUCUCUAUGGAGAAUUAAUGGUGAGCGAGAAUGCAAAGCAGCAACAGCUCGCUCACAAGUGUUUUGAGAUGACCAAGGAACACAUGGACAGAUCAUCAGCCAAGGUGGUGGCAGAGAUGUUAUUUUAAAGAGGCUUCUUUCAAGUGAACAUAUAGGAAAAGAAACUCCACACACAAGCUUACAUGUAUGUGCACACACAGGACCUCAAUGUGAGAGCUCCAGCUUAUUCCAUACAACAUGCCCACUCCAGAGUUUUGCGUGUGAUUCUGAUCUGCCAUGACAAUCUCUAUGCAGAUAUUCAAGCAUCUGGUAAAACCUGCUGAAAAGUACUGGUUCCUUCAGCAUAUGGGACUGAAUAGAUAGAGUUCAAAACUUCCAGAAACCACAUGGUUUCUAUCUAGUGCGGUAAGCCAGUGGCCAGAUGUAUUUGGUAUUCUUCCUCCAUGCCAUUUCAGCCACUUGUUCCCGAAUUUUUUUUUGUAGAUAUCCACAUUUGGAAUUUUGUUCUGAAUUUUUCCAGGUAUUUUUCAAAAGGGUUAUGCAGAUACACUGAACAAGUUUAAAGUAUUCUCCAGGUAAAAUAUAAUUUACGAAACACUAAAACAUCUCAUUCUAAGAUGUUUAAUUACAAACAUUACUGCCUGAGUUUUAGUAGAUUAUUGAUGUUCUUAGAGACCUUUCAAAUGAAAACAAAAACAAAAACAAAAACAUAAUGGAUUAUUUAAGAUAACUUGUAUUGAAACGGAAACAGUUUCUUCUCAUCUGAAAAGGAUCCCUAUCGGGUAACAGCACAUGUGAAUUUACUUCUCUGUUUUUGUGGGAAGAGAUAAAGACAUGAUUUUAAACCUUAAUACAAAAAAAAAAGCACUUUUCCUCUCUUAC